GGUGGGGACGAAACUCGUUCUGUUCUCCGUAGCCGGACAGGUUGUGGAAUACCUGUGCAAGAGAUACAUUUAGCAAUCGUGAGGCGCGUCGCCAGUUGCGAGUUGUGUUCGUGAGACGCGUGGGCGUGAAAAUUACCACCGUUUCCUCGGCUAAUUGUUCCAUUUGAUCCGUACAAUUAUGGUGGCCGUGUCCGUGUUCGUUGUGGUGCUACUGGCGCAGUUAACGACUGUUAUUUCGACGCCGAAACCGGCGAUCUACAUCGACAAUGGCUUCGAUCAGACGGCGAUCGAUAGAUUGAUGACCGAAGAGGAGAAGCAGGAGAUGGAAAUUGAAAUUUUGAAUCUGUUGGGCCUGCCGAACCGUCCCAGGCACGGGGGCAAGGGAGCGAUCAAACGGUCCGCUCCCAAAUUCCUCCUCGACAUCUACGAGAAGCUGGUGGCCGAAGAGAACGACGAACACUCGAGGGAGAAACGGAGCACGGACACCAACUUCAGCGGGGUCGAGCAGAAGCAAAUCGAAACGAGCGAUGUUAUUAUGACCUUUGAGAGUGUCGAUCAUCAUGUAAGUAGUGUGAGGCACGAAAGAGGAAAAAGACUGUGGUUUAACGUGACCGACGUUCCUGUGGCUGAAGACGUCGUCGGCGCCGAACUGAAGAUCUACCAAAAUCAAUCGAUGUCUAAACGAAACCCAGAUCGACUGUUCACUGUCACCGUCUACCAGUUAAUUAAAACAGAUAACGGGGAACGUGAAUUAGAAUACGUAUCGGCAGUGAACACGAGCGCAUCAUUCAACGGUUGGUUGGGAUUGAAUGUGACCUCGAGCGUGGCUUCUUGGGUGGCGUUCCCGAAUUCCAACAAGGGCUUGUACCUGAGCGUUCAUCCUGUCGACAAACCAGGACAUGAAGUCCGACCAGAGGAUAUUGGUUUGGUAACGGUGAAAAGCGAGGAUGAAACUCAUCCCUUCACAGUUGUUUUCCUGAAAGCAGCAAACCACGUGAAGGCCAGAAAAAGAAGUAUUAGGGAAGCCUCAUCUAGAAGACAGGACUUCACUACUUCUUAUCUCACAGAUGAACCAAACCCAAAAAGUGCUUGCCAAAUUAGUACACUGUACAUCAGCUUCAAAGAUCUACAAUGGGAGGAUUGGAUAAUAGCCCCAGAGGGUUAUGCAGCGUAUUACUGCGAUGGUGAGUGCAAAUUCCCGUUGAACGCGCACAUGAAUGCAACAAACCACGCUAUCGUCCAAACUUUGCUCCACUUGAGCAGCCCGCAGAAAAUACCGAGGCCUUGUUGCGCACCGACGAAGUUGGGGAACAUUUCCGUAUUGUAUUUCUUGGACGACAAGAACGUCGUGUUGAAAAAGUACAAGAAAAUGGUCGUUAAAAGCUGUGGAUGCCACUAGAAAGUACACCAAAAGGAAGGAUAAAUUAAGUGAUAUUAUUUAGUUAUGUGGUUUAUAAAAUAGGAAGAUAUUAUUAUGUAUAUUUGUAUAUUUUUGUCACACUUAACUGAAUGCCAUAUUUUAUAUUAACGAGUAUUUGUCUAUUAUAUAGAUAUUUUGUGUAAAAUUGACGAUUGUAUAUAGAGAUAAAUGACAUAAUUGUACUUUUGUUUUAUUCAUGAACGAAUAAAGUAAAUUUAUUUUGUAUGUAUGUAUAUUUAAGCUUUGGACACAAUGAGUAUUCGUUUUUGAUAAAAGAUAAAUAAAAAUAAAGAAUUACUUACA